CUUGUCAUUGUUUUUAAAUAAUCCACACAAGUAUAUGCUAGGUGAAAUAAUUGAUUAAUAUUGGAAUGAAUAUGGUUGGGGAGCACUGUAACCCCCAUCUUCAUAGCAAACACCUGUGAAAGUAUGGUUUCACACUUUUUUAAAAGCAUCCCAUGAUGACACUUCAUCUCUUAAGUUGGUAAACCAGUUGUUGGAAACACUGAGUGUCAGAAUAAACCUGAAUGUCAACAAGUGGUUUGCACCACAAAUCGAUGCUUGGAGAGUGCAUAGUUAUAACACAUCCAGUUCGAUUGUGAAUUCUUCUGAUAUCCCGCUGAGGAUGACUGCACAGACUCCAUGGAAAGGACUGGUAUCCAACAGUACCCCUCAACUGUAUACAUCAUCCAGUGUGAAUGGGCACGUAGAUGAUGAACCAACCUCUCCCUCAUACAGCUAUGAUGACUACUACAAUGGAAAUUUGGAUCCAUCUGCAUUCUCUCCCUGUAAAUAUGGAGGUCAUGGAGCAAACAUCCUCCCUGUGUUAUACUCCCUGUUCUUCGUGGUGGGUUUUCUGGGUAACAUUCUGGUGGUCUGGGUGCUCUUGAUGGGUGUAAAGCUGAGAAGCAUGACUGACAUCUGUCUCCUGAACCUGGCUUUAGCUGAUCUGCUGCUGGUCUCCUCCCUUCCCUUCUUGGCACACUAUGCCAGGGACCAGUGGAUCUUCGGAGGGGUCAUGUGCACCAUCGUUCUCAGUGCCUACCACAUUGGAUUCUACAGUGGGAUUUUCUUCAUUGUACUCAUGAGUGUUGAUAGAUACUUAGCUGUGGUUCAUGCUGUGUUUGCUUUGAGAGUCAGAACCAGAACAUAUGGGAUCUUAGCCAGUGUGGUCAUCUGGAUCAUUGCUGUUUCAUCAUCCUUUCCAGAGCUAAUGUAUCUGAAAAUCAGUUAUAAAAAUAUCACAGAAAAACUCUGUACUUCUUAUCCCCCAGAUGAUCAAAGUUCUAAACAUUUUUCAAAGACUUUUGGUAUCUUUAAGAUGAAUAUUUUAGGCUUAAUUAUCCCACUCAUUGUAAUUGGAUUUUGUUACUCAAUGAUUCUGAGCAGACUCCUCACAGCUCGCUCUUCCAGGAAGCAGGCCAUGCGCCUUGUCAUUGUGGUGAUGGUUGUCUUUUUCAUCUGUUGGGCUCCAUACAAUUUUGCAGCUUUUGUGAAAGCCUUAGAGCUUAAAGAGCUCAUAGCUCACUCCUGUGAAAGCAGCAAUGCAAUCACUCUUAGUCUGCAGAUUACAGAAGCCGUAGCUUACUCACACAGCUGCCUGAAUCCCAUUCUCUAUGUGUUUGUGGGAGAGAAAUUUAGGAGGCAUCUGUUCAGACUCCUGUACAAGACACCCUGCAUCAGAUUACAGUUCAUGAAGAGUUACCUUACACAGGCCACAGGGUCUGUUUAUUCACAGACCACAAGUGUGGAUGAGAGAUCUACUACAGCAGUGUGAUUGGAGGAUUCAUCUGGGUAGGGAAAACAGGCAAAGAACCAUCAAGGAUUUAUUUGCAUGGUGCGGCACAGUUUUCUGGGGCAGCACAGGGUACAUUAUUGCUUAUAUGUGGCCUGCUCUACAGUCUAAUGCAAUUACAAAAUAUGUGAUCACAUGUGCCCCCAUUCCUAAUAUACAUCCACUAAUGUUGUUAUAAUUUUGCUUGGUUUAUUAAAAGUGCACUCAGUAAAAUUAAUGCUUAUGUUGCACUGACAUUUUAAACAUAUAUAUUUACCAUUAUCUACCUAUACUAUUCUGCUAUUAUUAUUUAUUUCAGCCUACAAGUUUAGGAAUUACCAAAAAAAAAUAAAAAAAAUUGUUGGCUAUAAGUGGGCAGGUUUUGCAUUCAAAGACUUAU